AUGUUGCAGCACCCUCUAGAUUCACCGUCCUCAGAGGACGCUAUGUCAACACAAGGUAGCCUUGAUUCCUUUUCAAACUUUCCUCCUCUGACAGACGACGACCUUUCAAGUUUUGAGAGAAGAGUAUCUUCUCCUUUUCCCCCCAACGAUAAUAUUGUACGUGCACAAAGUCCAUUUGGUCGAAGAUAUUUAAAACCUAUAAACGGCAUUCAGACAAAAGGUUUUGCUCGAUCAGCUCAAAGAAGAUCAUCCGUAUUAACCCUUGGUUCUAUCGAAAGAUUACAAAACUUUUAUGCUAAAAGGGACUUGAAAGUAAACAAAGGAGGCACUUUAGGGUUUCAUGGUCCUUUAAUGGAAGAGCCAGAUGAUAUUGAUGAUCAGCUACCUACACCACGCGCACCACCUCCAAGCUGGAUUGAUUUGGAUAUUGAAACAGAUUUAGACGUACUGCUGAGUUUGUGUUUUGAAGAUAUCCAAACUACGCUUUCAACAUGGGCCAUGGUUACUGGACCACGCCUUUCCUCCUCAUCGGCUUCCUCACACCCUUUAGCUGAAUCAACUGAAAAUAGCACAUUCCAAAUUAUACCUUUAUUACAAACAGUGACAAAAAUGUUAAGCUCUGUAAGGAAUUACACGGUCCACCGUCACGAUUUAUCAGAUACAGCCGUAAGUAAAUUAAGGCAUGCAUCAUUAGAUCUAUUGGAAUCUAUGAAGGAAUUGGAAAAUCAACAUCGUGUAGAGGAUGAUGACGAAGAGGACGAGGAUGGUGACGGGUUUCUUUAUCGCUCUUCCGAUUUUGAAUUAUUGGAAAAAGAGAGGCUUGCUAUUCAUAAAUACCUUGAUGUAGUUGAGGCACACGCUUUUAAUCCACCUCAUCAUAUUGGAAGCCCUCCUGCUAUGUUUACGCCCGAAAUUCAAGCUUUGAUGGGUAAAACCUCGAUUUUAAGUUUGACAGAAAACGAGCUUGAGCAACAAACAAAUUUAAAGAAGAUCACAGACAUCAGUACUAAAAAAACGAAUGGUAUACCCGAAUGGCUGAAACGUGGUUCAUUUGAAAAUGAUUUGAAUGGUAAUAAUCGCACGAGGGAAGUACAAAAAUAA